ACACUGCUUAGUGACACAUACACAUAGGUUGCUUACACAAUUUUCAGGCAGCAACAGGCACUGUCACUUUUCAUACACUGUCUCUGAGUUGGAAAACAUUAAAGACAUUAACUCAGUACCAUGAUAAUAAGCAUUGCUCUGAUCUGGGCAGUAGUGGUGGGGUUCUGCUGUGUUCUCUGGCUGGCUGUGGGGAUACGACGCAGGCAACCUGGUGAGCCUGUAGUUGAGAAUGGCUUCAUCCCCUAUCUAGGUUGUGCCCUACAAUUUGGGGCCAACCCUCUCCAGUUCCUUCGCAGUCGCCAGAACAAGUACGGCCAUAUUUUCACCUGCAAGAUUGCAGGGCAAUACAUUCACUUCCUGUGUGACCCCUUCUCUUACCAUUCAGUUAUCAGACAGGGGAGACACCUGGACUGGCGGAAGUUUCACUUUGCUACAUCAGUCAAGGCAUUUGGCCAUGACAGCUUUGACCCUCGUCAUGGCCACACCACAGAGAACCUACACCAAACCUUUCUGAAGACACUACAGGGCGAUGCUCUGCCCUCCCUGAUAGAGACCAUGAUGGGACACCUCCAGGAUGUCAUGCUGAGGUCAGACACGCUCAGCCCCAGCAAGAACCACUGGGUGGUGGACGGGAUCUUUGCUUUCUGUUACAAGGUGAUGUUUGAGUCUGGCUACUUGACUCUGUUUGGCAAAGAGUUUGGUGAAGACAAGUGUCAGGCUCGGCAGGCUGCUCAGAAAGCCUUGGUGCUUAAUGCUUUGGAGAACUUCAAAGAGUUUGACAAGAUCUUCCCGGCACUGGUGGCUGGCCUCCCCAUCCAUGUUUUCAAGAGUGCCUACAGUGCCAGAGAGAACCUGGCAAAGACUAUGUAUGCUGAAAACCUGUCCAAGAGGAAGAAUGUUUCUGAUCUGAUCUCUAUGAGAAUGAUCCUGAAUGAUUCCUUAUCUACCUUUAAUGACGUAAGCAAAGCCAGGACCCAUGUCGCUCUCCUCUGGGCUUCACAGGCUAACACCCUACCUGCAACCUUCUGGAGUCUCUUUUAUAUGAUCAGGAGUCCUGAUGCUAUGAAAGCGGCUCGUGAGGAAGUGCAUAAAGUUCUGAAAGAUUCAGGUCUGAAGGUUAACCCCAGUGACCCCACACUGACCCUCACAAGGGACCAGCUGGACAACAUGCCUGUUCUAGACAGCAUCAUAAAAGAAGCAAUGCGUCUUUCAAGUGCUUCCAUGAAUGUGCGUGUUGCCAAGGAAGACUUCUUGCUUCACCUUGACAACCAAGAAGCUUACCAUAUAAGGAAAGAUGAUGUCAUUGCACUGUAUCCACCUAUGCUGCACUAUGAUCCAGAAAUCUAUGAAGAUCCAUAUGAGUACAAGUUUGACCGUUUCUUGGAUGAGAAGGGUCAAGAGAAAACUACUUUUUCCCGCAGUGGUCGGAGGCUGCGUUACUUCUACAUGCCCUUUGGCUCCGGGGUCACCAAGUGCCCUGGUAGAUUUUUUGCUGUAUAUGAGAUCAAACAGUUCCUGACUAUGGUCCUGUCCUACUUUGACAUGGAGCUACUGGACCCUGCAGUCAGAGUCCCACCUCUUGACCAGUCCCGUGCUGGUCUGGGAAUUCUCCAGCCAAUCUAUGAUGUGGACUUCAGGUACAAGCUGAAAUCAGACCACUAGGCUCUGUCUGUCAAGCAGAGUGGUUGAAAUACACAUUGUACAUAGUGUAAGUUUAAUGGUGUGGUGGUGAAUAUGCUUUAUUAUAUAUGUAAAUACACUGAUUUAUAUAUAUUUUUUUGCUUUAAUUUGCUGCUGAAGAAAAUUUACUCUGCACAUAAGGAGAUAGACCUAACAAAUGUCAGUGUAUAAACUAUCUGUGUUACCCCAGGGACAUCAGACAUCAGCCAUCUCAAAGCAAAAGUGCAAGGUAACAUCUUCAUUUCUUGAGGAAGGAGAAAUGUAGACCAUAUAAAUUUAGAUGAUUACUUACCAUAAAAUAAAAUUAAAAGUGCUAAAUGCUACAACUAAUCCCUGGUCACAAAAGUUAAUCUAAAAAACUUAAUGUGCUUUCAUUAGUCAUUACACAUGACUAAAUGGGAUAAACAUGCAAAAACACUAGUAUGUUCUUUUAUGGUCUGGAGCUUCUUGAAGUUACCAUUUCUGCACUACCACUACCAAUUAAAUGUGUGUAAAGGGUUAGCAUUGAAAAUCACAGCCAAAUUUGCCAAAUGUUUUCACCGUACUUUCUAUCUCCAUAUUUACCAUGUUGAAUGUAGAAAAUCAUAAAACCAAACCAACCAAACUCCUUUAUUCUUUAUGAAUUAGUGAAUGCCUCACAGUAAUAAAAAAAUGUUUACUGA